CCCUUGUCGAGAAGUUGACUUUCAUGAACCCGCCCGUACGUUAAAACGUAGUAGUACAAGUGAAACAAAAAGCCAUACGUUUAGUUUUUGUGUGUGAGUGUGUGUGUGUGUGAGUGUGUGUGGCUUUCCUUUUACUCUCCUGUUUAAUUAUAGUGACUCCUGAUUUUCAAUUUAAUGGGACAUGAUUAUCCUGUAGGGAACUUAAAUAUCAAAAAUAAACUACAAACACAAACAAUACUCCCAAUUGAUCAGCUGGACACAGUUAUCCACUUGGGAUCUUCAGUAUCAAAUUGAGUCAUAACAAAGCUCCCCAUUGGAUAAUCGUGUCCACUAGGGCAAACGUCAGAAGUCACUAUACUUCUAUGGGAAUGUAAGUGCCCUACACGUGUGCCGUAUGGUGUCGUGGUUUAGUUUUAGACGUGAUCUACGAGCAGAAUAUUUUGAAAAGAAGAUUGAUACAGUUUCAUUAUAAAGUUCGAAAAUAAGGUGUGGUUGUAGUUGGUGUCUUCGUUUGGAAUGACAGACAAUGUGUUGCUUGGAGAGCUCAAUGCUCAUCUUUCGAAUUUUAGUUAUUUAGAAGGAUAUAUUCCCACAAAAAUUGAUGCCACCAUCUUCUUCUUACUUUCUAAACAUCCAAGUUUUAGAUCUCGGAGGCAGAAUUGGCCCCAUUUACAGAGAUGGUUUUUACAUAUAUCAAGUUUUACUGAUGAAGAAAUAAAUAAUUUUCCUCUACCUGCUAGUCAUCUUAUAAAAAUGAAUCUAAUUGAUAGGCUGUCAAAGGUGUUAACAAUGGGUAGUAGCAAUAUUAGUGCAUCUGAAAAGUUAGAAUUGAUACAACGCAAUCUUCAAGAAACUCUUGGAGAAGAUAAAUUGAAGGGUGUUCUAAAAGAACGUGAUGUUCGAAUCUAUUGGGGAACUGCUACAACCGGUCGACCACAUGUAGCAUAUUUUGUACCUAUGUCUAAGAUUGCAGAUUUUUUAAAAGCUGGUUGUGAAGUUACCAUUUUAUUUGCUGAUUUACAUGCUUAUUUAGACAAUAUGAAAGCACCAUGGGAAUUGCUGGCAUUACGAGCCAAAUAUUAUGAACAUAUUAUUAAGGAAAUGUUAAGGUCCAUUGGGGUCCCUCUUGAGAAAUUAAAAUUUGUGAAAGGAUCUGAUUAUCAACUUUCAAAAGAAUACACGCUGGAUGUGUACAAGUUAAGUUCUCUUGUAACAGAGCAUGAUGCUAAGAAGGCAGGUGCGGAAGUUGUGAAACAGGUUGAUCAUCCUCUCUUAUCUGGCUUGUUAUACCCUGGAUUGCAAGCUUUGGAUGAAGAAUACUUGCAUGUCGAUGCACAAUUUGGUGGUGUUGAUCAACGAAAAAUAUUUACUUUUGCUGAAAAAUACCUUCCUCAAUUAGGGUAUGCUAAACGAAUUCAUCUAAUGAAUCCAAUGGUACCUGGAUUAGCAGGUGGUAAGAUGUCCUCUUCUGAAGAAGAUAGUAAAAUAGAUCUUUUGGACUCAGCAUCAACAGUGAAAAAGAAACUCAAGAAAGCCUUUUGUGAACCAGGAAAUGUGAAGGAUAAUGGUGUCCUUGCAUUUGUGAAACAUGUUUUAUUUCCACUUUUCCAGGGCAAAGAAGAUUUUGUAGUACCAAGAGCCGAAGCACAUGGUGGAAACAUUUCAUUUACCUCCUAUUUGAGCUUAGAAACAGCAUUUGGUAAAGAAGAAAUUCAUCCUGGAGACUUAAAAAAUGGUGUUGAAUUUUAUCUCAAUCGUUUGCUGGAUCCUAUUCGCAAAGCCUUUGAGCAACCCGAAUUGAAAAAACUUGCUCAAAUGGCUUAUCCUCCACAGAAUAAGACAGUAGUAGAUGAAGUAGCUCCUCAUCGCCUUGAUAUCCGAGUUGGGAAGAUUGUUGAAGUAUCUCAGCAUCCUGAUGCAGAUGCUCUCUAUGUCGAGAAAAUUGAUCUUGGAGAAAAUGAGCCACGAACUGUAGUAAGUGGUUUAGUGAAUUAUAUUCCUUUGGAGGAAAUGCAAAAUCGAAUGGUUGUUGUGCUUUGCAACCUUAAACCUGCAAAAAUGAGAGGCAUAGAAUCUUCAGGAAUGGUGUUAUGUGCUUCACAAGAUGAGCCAAAAGCGGUUGAGCCAUUGCUUCCUCCAAAGGAUGCAGUGCCUGGUGAUCGGGUGAUGGUUGAAGGUUAUGAAACAGGAACACCAGAUGAUACAUUAAAUCCCAAAAAGAAAGUGUGGGAGAAACUGCAGGUUGAUUUGAAGACAAAUUCAAGUUGUGAAGCUGUGUGGCAAAAUAAUUCUCUUUUCACCAAUUCAGGAAAAAUAUUAUCUAAAACCUUGAAGAAUUGCCCUAUUAAAUAAUGCAUCUGUUAUGGAUUGUGAAAUAAAUGUCAUUGGUCUGACUUUGAAUUAUACUUUGUGAAAUGUAAAUGCUGAAAUUAUUUCUGUACAGUUCAUCUGAAAUAAUUCUGCUGUUGAAAAAUUAUUUAAUACACAUGUAAUUUUUAAACACUAGUGAAAUUGAUAAAGCAAUUCAAAUUUUCUUUUUUUAAAUUACCUCUGAAAUACUAGAACCAAGAGUUGUUAAUGCACACUUGUAUGUAAAUAUUAAACAGUGUUUUCUGAGAAAUAUGACUUGGAUGGGAGAUCAUUAAGGUGGGCAUGCUUAAGCAGUCUCAAAACAAAGAAUGUCAGUUUGAUCUUGUCUUGGGCAUGGAUGUAUUGUAACUGCUUUCCCAACCCCCAUGUAUCACCUUUCAACCAUCAUCCUUAUUUUCUUGGAGGCCUGGUGGCUGAUGCAGGGGCUUGGGGCAUUGUGUCUUGUGUGUGGCAUGCUGGUAUAGUUACAGAAUCACCAACAUCUAUCUGACCAUCACUUAUUCUACCUU